CAGUUUGAGAUAUAAAGCUAUCUGAGGUGAGAAAAAGGGUUCGUGGUGCUUUGACUGGUGCUGAGGAAGCAGCAGUUGCAGUUGUGUACACAGGAAGGAAACUUCAGAUGGAUUUUGUCUACAGCAGCGGGGUGCUGGUUAUACAGCACCUGCAGGAUAACUACAGGGAAUAUCACAACUUUCUCAACUUCAUGUCAACUGUGGGUGACCCUCGCAAUAUUUUCUCUGUUUAUUUCCCCCUCUGGUUCCAUCUUAGUCACUGUGUGGGCACCAAGAUGAUAUGGAUCGCUGUUAUUGGAGACUGGUUCAAUCUAAUUUUCAAAUGGAUUCUGUUUGGUCAGCGACCUUACUGGUGGGUCAGAGAAACUAAUUUCUACCACAACAAUUCCUUCCCACAUUUGGAGCAAUUUCACCUCACAUGUGAAACAGGGCCAGGUAGUCCAUCCGGUCAUGCUAUGGGUUCAUCUUGUGUGUGGUAUGUGAUGGUCACUGCUGCUCUUAACUUUACCAGGCCUUCUUCAAGUGGCACGUCUUUCCAGAGUUUUCAGAGGUCUCGUCCUCUGAGGUCUGGUCUAUGGAUGGCCUUUUGGGUCAUUCAAAUAAGUGUUUGUAUCUCCAGGGUUUUUAUUGCAACACAUUUCCCACAUCAGGUUAUCCUCGGUCUUUUAGCAGGUAUGCUGGUCGCAGAGGUGUUCGAUCACAUCCCCUCUGUCUACAAUGCAAGCUUGAAAGUGUACCUCCUUACCAACUUUUUUCUUUUCUCUUUUGCUGUUUGCUUUUAUCUGCUCCUAAAACUGAUGGACAUUGAUCUUCUGUGGUCAGUUACUAAAGCCAAGAAGUGGUGCGCUAACCCAGAGUGGAUCCAUCUCGACACCACCCCUUUUGCUGGUCUUCUGAGAAACCUCGGAGCCCUGUUUGGUCUGGGCCUGGCAGUGAACUCUGAGAUGUUCAUUCAGAGCUGUAAGGGGAAGAACAGCUACAAAACCAGAUUUAAACUCAUGUGUGUGACAGCAACUCUCACCUGUCUGCAGUUGUAUGAUUUCAUCAAAAUACCCACUCACACCGAGGUUCUGUUUUACAUACUAUCAUUUUGUAAGAGUGCCUCAAUACCUCUUGGUGUGGUUGCCAUUAUUCCUUACGGUGUUCAUUUGCUGCUUGGAGAAGAGGACAGAAAGCUAUCUUAAAUUAUGGGGGACUUUGUAACGUUUCACACCUUGCUUUUUAACUGGCAUCAUAGGAUAUCAAAUGUGUUACGACCUGUCACAAGUGACAAGUGGAUGCACCUAGUUUAAGUUACAUUACUGGGUUUGAGUAGUACAUACUUCAAUAAAGUAUUUUAUGUGGGGGUUUUUUGUGAUGAACAUAAUAAAGUAUGGCAUGUGUAGCCUAUCUGAGUUCUUGACUUUUCUUUUUGUGCUUGUUUUACAUGUACAGUAUAAUACAUUGUAUGAGUGUAUACUGUAUGUGAACAUUAACAAUAUUACAUGACAGAUAAUUGUAUAUCAAAUUGUUGAGAUUUUUUAUCAACUUGAGUUGAUAAAGGACUGCUAAAGGACAGUUUAAGAGAUGGACAAUCAAUGGCUAAACACAGGCUAUGGUGUACAAGAGG